AUGAACGCUGUCCUUCUGGCCGUAAAGUGGCUGUGCUUGGUCUGGGCCGUGACGUGGCCUGUAACAAUGGUGACAGGGAUCCGUAACCCGGGACGACGGAGGCACAAAGACGUUUACGUGGGGGAGCACAGCAAGAACAAACACAGAGGGCGUAUAGACCAUAAACUGACGAGGCAGGACAGCACCAAGUCUCUACUCAUUAAGACUGAACAGCUGCUGAGGAUCGAGGAGCACGACUUCGCUAUGAGACCUGGCUUUGGAGGUGCAGCCAUCCCUGUAGGCAUUGAUGUUCAGGUGGAGAGCAUCGACAGCAUUUCAGAGGUCAACAUGGACUUCACCAUGACUCUGUACCUGCGCCACUACUGGAAGGAUGAGCGGCUGGCGUUUCCAUCUCGUAGCAACGUGAGCAGGACAUUUGAUGGGCGUCUGGUGAAGAAGAUGUGGGUUCCUGACGUGUUCUUCGUCCACUCCAAGAGGUCCUUCAUCCAUGACACCACCAUGGAGAACAUCAUGAUCAGGGUCUAUCCUGACGGAAGCAUACUCUACAGCGUCAGGAUCACAGUGACUGCUCUUUGCUCCAUGGACUUCAGCAGCUUCCCUCUGGACACACAGAACUGUUCACUGGAACUAGAGAGCUAUGCGUAUAAUGAGAAUGAUCUAAUGUUAUAUUGGAAGAAUGGCAACGACUCUCUGAGGACAGAUGAGAUGGUUCUGUCUCAGUUCUUCAUCAAGAAGUUCCACCCUUCCAGUGGGCUGGCCUUCUACAGCAGCACAGGUUGGUAUAACAGGUUGUAUAUAAACUUCAUCCUGAGGAGACAUAUCUUCUUCUUCAUGCUGCAGACAUAUUUCCCCACCAUGCUGAUGGUUCUGCUGUCCUGGGUCUCCUUCUGGAUUGACAGGAGGGCUGUGCCUGCACGUGUCUCCCUAGGUAUCACUACAGUACUGACCAUGUCCACCAUCAUCACUGGUGUGUCCUCCUCUAUGCCACAGGUGUCCUAUGUGAAGGCAGUGGACAUCUACCUGUGGACCAGCUUCCUGUUUGUGUUCCUGUCAGUGAUAGAAUAUGCUGCUGUCAACUACUGCUCUACGCUGGAGGAAAUGAGACGACUGAAGAGAGGAAAGCUCCCAACCUCGUACAACGCCAGCAAAGCCAUGGCCUUCGACGGCUGUUUCCAUGACAGUGACAUUGCGCUGACCCCGUUCCCCCGUCUGCCAACCUCCAUGACCUCCAACCAUCACAGAACUCCACUCCAGAACCCUGAGGACCCCCCCACCGAGGGGACACGUCUCCGCCGGCAACGGUCGGUGCAAGAGAACGUGGAUCUGCUACUUAGCAACAGCUACUUGAUCGACUCGUACUCCCGCAUGGCCUUCCCUCUGUCCUACCUCCUAUUCAAUACCAUCUACUGGAGUAUGUACUCCUCCUGA